AUGGACCGUCUCCAUGCAGCAGCUUCGGAUCGAAUCGAAACAUUUGGCCCGUCGCAAACAGUGCCCCCUUGGGAAAUCCCGGCCUCUAACAGCAAGAUUGUUGCUUGUGGCAAAUCAACGGGACGACCGCAACGUGACAGUUCAAUACUGCGCAGGAUUUGGCACGGAGUUGUCCAGGUCAAGCGUCAAUCCCGCCAUGCCGUGCAUAAGACCGAAUAUCAUUAUCUCUACGGAAUCAAGGAGGUCAUCCUCUCGUACGGCGAAUCCGCGCUGUUCCUCAACAUGCUCGGCAAGGAUGGCGCCGCCCCUCUCGAGUGGGUGCGGAUUCUGUUCGAGGAGGAGCGGUGGCCGUACAAAGAGGGCUGGCGGCCCCCGAAGAUUGUCGACCAGAGCAUGAUGAGACACGUCAUCACGAAGCUCAUGGAAGCGAACGAGGACAAAGCAGAGGAAGCCGUGCUCGUCGGCCUGGGAACGGUCCGCGCCUUAGAAGCUGCGGUGGCGAGUUUGAUCAAGGUUUCCAGCCCUAGUUACUGUUCCGUCAUGUAG